UAACUAACAUAUUUAUACUAAACUCCGAUAACACAAGCAGAUUUGAAGCCUGUGCUGUCUGCUCCCAUAUAUAGUAGAGAAGGAAUUGCCGAUCUCUCAGCAGUCACAUUAUUAGAAUUUUGAGCGUAAAUUCAUUAUUUUAGUUUCUGAUUAUGAGAACGCGAAGAGGGAAGCGAUCUGAGCCAUUUUGGCCGUCCAUUGUGAUGAAAAAGUGGCUGAAUAUAAAGCCGAAGGUUUAUGAUUUUAGUGAAGAUGAAGUUGAUACAGAGAGCGAGGAUGAUGCUUGUUCCCUUAAAGAUGAAAGGAUGCACGAGGAUCGUGAAUAUGCGACAAAGGGAAACCAAUCUGAAUGCUCGGGUCGAACUUCAAGCGGGAAUCCUUCAAUAGAGUAUUCCCUAAGACGCCGGAGAGGAAAAUCUGAAACUUUGCGUCUUCAGUACAUAAAUACAAAAGAUGUGAGAGUAAUGAUAGGCACUUGGAAUGUCGCUGGAAGACUUCCAUUUGAUGAUCUUGAAAUUGAUGAAUGGCUUUGUAUGCAAGAGCCAGCAGAUAUAUACAUUCUUGGAUUUCAAGAGGUGGUUCCUUUGAAUGCUGGGAAUGUACUUGGAGCAGAGAAUAGAAGCUCAAUUCCAAAAUGGGAGGCUAUAAUCCGCAGGACUUUAAACAAAUCAUUGAAACCUGAAACCAAACAUAAAUGCUACAGUGCACCUCCUUCUCCUAUUUUAAGGAAUUCUUCGGCUUCUGAUAUACUUCCUGAUGUGGCUGAUACCCCUGUGCUAAACAUGAUAGGAAAAGAUUUCAUAAGUAGCAUGAAUGAUGAAAAUAAUGGAAUAAUCAGCACAGACAGAAGAUUGGACUGGCCGGAACACUCAUUGGAUACAACCACUCGAGAUUUAUCUUCCAUAUUCAAAUUACGAAGAACAAUGAGUAGUUCUGCAAGAUUUGGUUUUGAAUUGAUGGAAAAUUCUCUUACUUCUGGCACUGAGAAUAUUGCAUUAAGUGUUCAUGGGUUGAAAAGAGUGCACCAAAGUUCUGGAAACUUAGGCUUGAUCUGGAUGGAUCGACAAGAUGGUCUUGAAGUUCUAGGUUCUCUCUCUGAUGAAUCUGAUCAAAUUUCUGGAGAGGAAGAUGAUUCUGGUGUACAGUUACUAUCAGAUGUCAAACAGGAAAAUGCACAUUCAAGGAAUGCAGUGAAGUCACGUCCACUGUAUGUGCGGAUUGUAAGUAAGCAGAUGGUUGGAAUUUAUGUAUCGGUAUGGGUUCGUAGAAGAAUAAGGAGACACGUAAACAACUUAAAAGUCUCUCCUGUUGGAGUUGGGCUUAUGGGAUACAUGGGCAAUAAGGGAUCUGUUUCGGUUAGUAUGUCUCUUUUCCAAUCACAGUUAUGCUUUGUCUGUUCUCAUUUAACCUCUGGUCAAAAGGAUGGGGCUGAGCAAAGGCGUAAUUCUAAUGUGUACGAGAUUUUAAGGCGUACUCAUUUUUCAUCUGUCUUUGAUGUUGAUCAGCCACAGACAAUUCCAUCUCAUGAUCAGAUAUUCUGGUUUGGAGAUUUGAAUUAUCGCAUCAAUAUGUUGGAUGCGGAAUUAAGGAAGCUUGUUGCUAAGAAGGACUGGACCGAGCUUCUCAAAAGCGAUCAGUUAAUCAAAGAAUUAAGAAGUGGGCAUGCAUUCGAUGGGUGGAAAGAAGGGGUAAUAAACUUCGCUCCAACUUACAAGUAUGAAAUCAACUCUGAUAGAUAUGCUGGGGAAAACCCAAAAGAAGGAGAGAAGAAGAGAUCCCCUGCAUGGUGUGACCGUGUAUUAUGGUUAGGAAAAGGCAUAAAACAGCUUUCUUAUAAGCAAGCAAAUAUAAGACUGUCAGAUCACCGGCCUGUGAGUUCAAUAUUCCUGGUCGAAGUUGAAAUCUUUGAUCAUCGCAAGCUUCAUAGAGCUCUUAAUUUCUCUACUGCAGCAGUACAUCCUGAUAUAUAUUUUCCGGAUUGAAGGUUGAAAGAUGACACAACACCAUUGUCUUAAUGCUAAAUGCUUAUUGAUUACCAUUGUAGUGAAUGGAUAAUUGUGUGCUUGUCUUUUGGUUACACCGAUCCAUCUGUUAAUCAUAUGUAAAGUUUUUGUCAUAAUUUUUUUAAAGAUAUUUUUUUUCCUUAAUAGUUUGAUUGCGAAAUAAGAGUAGAGUCUUUCAUUUUAUUGUUUAUUGAAACACUGAAAUCGUGGGUUUCUCUAUGUAAUCUAGACAGACAAGUUAUACAGAUUCUCUACUAUUUUUUCAUUGUAUGUUUUUGAACUAUAUUCAGUGUACAUGUUCUAUCACAA